AUGUCAAAAUCGUUCUUAAACCCUACAGCCAUAGCCAGGUCCGGCUACGGCGAAGACUACCUCUUCGAACUCCUACAACACAAUCCCAUACUACGGCGAGCGAUAGUUCUGGCCUUGACAGUGCUUUCGCUGGCGGCUUUUCUUGCGGUACACCGGUCAAAGCUGCUCGAGUAUAACUGCCAGUAUGCCGAUUUGCCUCAGUGA